AUGCGUGCCAUGGUUCGAGGAAUGGUCGGGCGGGGCAAGAAGACGAAGGAUAAGAAUGGAGGUGUCGUGCCGCCGACGUCUACAGUACCCCCGACAAAUUCCAAUACAAAACACGCGAAAAUCCAGCCGAGCUUCUCGUGCUCCCCGCCCAUGGAAAGGCGGGAUUCGCGGCCGGCCGCUGUCCAAGUGAAUCCUGCGAACCAUUCGGUUGGAAGUCCGCCAGCAAGAAGGCAACCUCCAAAACGGAUACCUAGUGGAAAAGGAACAUCAAAUCAGACGCCAGGAGUGGUGAAGACGGAUUUGGCGGUAAAAGUCUGCGUCCACUGUAAGUCCGACCGGGCGGACCACGAAUUGCCGCCAAAUCAAGCCCUAAACGUCUACAAUCGACUCGGUAUUCAGCCACCAGGUACGCCGGAAUGCCACAAUCAGGCGUCGCCGAAGUCGAGGUGCCCGGAUCAGUUGGUCAUGGAUACGCAUGGGUGCCACCAGGACUCACCAGAAAGAAGGUUAGUGGUUUUGGGCAAGACUUAG